UUGAUGCGCAGUGACCCGGUAACCGCGCUACAUGACGGACGAAGGAGAGAUGAGAGAUCCUGAUCUGUUAACGAGUAUCUCGGAGCUGUCAAAUGAUACACCUGAGAUGGAUCUCAGCAUACAUCCAGAGAGACAGAGAUUCCCCUUCUGCAUCGUCUGGACACCGUUGCCCUUCAUAACAUAUAUCUUACCGUUUAUCGGGCAUAUGGGCAUUGCGACGUCAACGGGAGUGAUAAGGGACUUCGCUGGCCCUUACUACGUCUCUGAGGACGAUAUGGCGUUCGGCAAACCCACGAAAUACUGGCAGUUGGAUUACACCAAAGCCAAGGGAGGUAUACAGGGAUGGGAUGCCGCUGUAGCAGAAGCUAGCGAAUAUUAUAAAACUAGAAUGCACUGCUUAUGCUGGGAUAACUGCCAUUCACAUGUAGCUCGAGCCUUGGAUUUAAUGGCAUAUAACAACUCGAGCAACUGGAAUAUGGUAAAACUUGCAUUUUACAUGCUGAUUUAUGGAAAAUAUGUGGGUGUCCUAGGAUACCUCAAGACUUGGUUACCAUUUUGCUUGCUCAUUAUAAUUGUGCUGGGUUUAAGUCUAUAUAUGAGUAUAUAAGUGUAUGUGUGUAUAAGCAAAUUAUAAAUAUAUUAAUUUACAGUUAAGAGAUUUAAAACUUACACUUUGGAAUACUCUUUAUGAAAAUCUUGUGAAUAAACAUAUAAGAGUAUAGCGUGGUUAAACCGAAGUGUUUGGCAUUGUAAUUUAUGUCGCUUAUGAUGCAAAACUGUCUGGAAUAUAAAUCAGGACUUUGUUGUACAUGCAAGAAAUAUAUGGAAAUCUACUGGUGGAUAUAAUAUCUAUUUGCACUUUUAUAGUGCACAAGUACAAUUUAUCGUAUUUAUGGUAAAUUUAUAUAUUUUUUUGUCCAUUUAAGCAUGGAAUAAAAUUAAAUAUAAGAUA